GCACCCUGGGGUCCUUGAGCGGGAGGCUGUCGGCACGUUUGUCGUUACAUUACAGUCUCCUUCAGUUCGCCCUCCAACCGGCCAGUCCCACCACAUUUGCUCAGCGCUGGGAAUAAGCUCACCAGGUUUAUUUAAUAACAACCCUAACCCACGCUUUUAACAGAAAAUAUGGCCGUUCCCCCAACAUAUGCUGACCUUGGCAAAUCUGCCAAAGACAUCUUCAACAAAGGAUAUGGCUUUGGCAUGGUGAAGCUUGAUGUCAAGACAAAAUCAGCAAGUGGAGUGGAGUUCAAGACCACUGGAUCAUCCAACACUGAUACCAACAAAGUGGUGGGCAGCCUGGAAACCAAAUACAAGAGGUCUGAAUACGGUCUGACCUUUACAGAGAAGUGGAACACUGACAACACCUUGGGCACAGAGAUCACCAUUGAAGACCAGAUUGCAAAGGGACUGAAGCUGACCUUUGAUACAACCUUCUCACCAAACACGGGAAAGAAGAGCGGAAAAGUCAAGACUGCAUACAAACGCGAAUACGUCAACUUGGGCUGCGACGUUGACUUCGACUUCGCAGGCCCAACCAUCCACGGCGCAGCAGUGGUCGGCUACGAGGGAUGGCUCGCUGGUUACCAGAUGUCCUUUGACACCGCAAAGUCCAAGAUGACCCAGAACAACUUUGCUGUAGGCUACAAGACAGGCGACUUCCAGCUGCACACCAACGUUAAUGAUGGCUCUGAAUUCGGAGGCUCCAUCUACCAAAAAGUGAGUGAUAAGCUGGAGACGGCUGUGAAUCUGGCCUGGACGGCAGGCAGCAACAGCACACGCUUCGGUAUCGCUGCCAAAUAUCAGCUGGACAAAGACGCUUCCGUCAGUGCUAAAGUCAACAAUACCAGCCUUGUUGGUAUUGGUUAUACUCAGACUCUGAGACCAGGUGUCAAGCUGACCCUGUCUGCCCUGGUUGAUGGGAAGAACAUCAACUCUGGUGGCCACAAGCUGGGCUUGGGCCUGGAGCUGGAGGCCUAAACCUGCUCCUGCUUAACAUCAGGGACACGGGAAUAUCAGAGAUAUCUGGCCUUAAAUCCAACUCCAACAGCAACCAGCAGGGGAAUUCAGGAUGGGAUGGGUUCAAAGCAAUCAUUUACCAAAACCAUUUCAUAACGCCCCUUUUCCUUUGUAGUUGUUUUCUCAUAGACAUUCAGAUUGGGUCAGCUACACAUUUAUUUUAUCAUCUGUCUCCAGCACUGCCACAGCAAAGAAAUGGGACAGGGUGCAUAUCUGUGGCAUUCUGUUGUUUUUAUUUCUCAGUUCUGGAUGGUUGUGGGUUUGUGACAAAACGUGUAUGUCUCUGAUUUCAUCAUUUGUAUUGUAUCUGAUAUUCCUUAGUCGUCUGAAUGCAACUCAAGCAACCUCUUAACUCUAUUAAAGGUUAUACCUGCUAUUAUUUAAA